AUGUUUUCGCUUGCAUCUUCGGGAGCGAGUUCCAAGGCGGCGAGCUCGCCGGCGUCGCUGCCGCUUCCCGCAGUCUCUGCGUCGCCGCAGGCGUCCUUCUACCGCGGCGACGAGACAGUCACCCUGGUCACGUCUAUGGGCGAUAUCGAAGUCGAACUCUACUGGGAGCACGCGCCCAAGACCUGCAGAAACUUCUUCGAGCUCGCCAAGUCGGGCUACUAUGAUAACACGAUCUUCCACCGCGUCGCCAAAGACUUCUGCAUCCAGGGUGGAGACCCCACAGGGACAGGUCGGGGCGGAGAGUCGAUCUUUGGCGGGAAAUUCGAGGAUGAAAUCCAUCCAGAUCUCCGUCACACGGGCGCAGGCGUGGUGUCCAUGGCGAACUGCGGACCGAACACGAACGGCUCCCAGUUUUUCAUUUGCUUGGCGCCCGCGCCCUUCCUUGACGGAAAGCACGCGAUUUUCGGUCGAGUCAAGAGUGGCAUGGAGAGCGUAAAAAAGAUCUCCACCGUGCAGACCACCGCCACCGAUCGCCCUAUAUACGAUAUCAAAAUCUUGCGCGCGGUCACCGCGACUUCACUCGACUAG